AUGUGUGACUUCAUGGAGCAUCAGACUGCCAAGUUCAAGGAGGCCUUCCAGCUGUUUGACCAAACAGGAGAUGGAAAAAUCUUAUACAGUCAGUGUUGGGGCGUGAUGAGGGCCCAGGACCAGAACCCCAUCAACAUUGAGGUGCUCAAGGUCUUAGGGAAUCCCAAGAGUGAUGAGAUGAAUGUGAAGGUGCUGGACUUUGAACACUUUCUGCCAAAGCUGCAGACCAUGGCAAAGAAUAAGGACCAGGGCACAUAUGAAGACUAUGUAGAGGGGCUUCGGGUGUUUGAUAAAGAAGGGAACAGCAUAGUCAUGGGGGCUGAAAUAUGGCACGUCCUCAUCACUCUGGGUGAGAACAUGACAAAGGAAGAAGUGGAAGUGUUGGUGGCAGGGCAUGAAGACAGCAACAGUUGUAUCAACUAUGAAGAGCUAGUCCAGAUGGUUCUGAAUGGCUGA